CUGUCGCCCACAUUACUCCAAUCGGUCGAAUACACAAAACGCAGCUGCGACGUCACGUGACCUGUGAAACUAGCGUUUGUGUAAAGGAACCGCAGUGGAGUUUUGCUGUCCCAAAUUAAGUUAUGAAUACCGAGUUCUGUUAUCGCGGCCGUGGCAAUGUAACCAGUCUCUCAUGUGAAUGUAGCGACAAGCCUCCGGAAUUCAAAUUACCAAAGCCGCAGUACUGUCACGGAGGCAACGCUACGCAAAUGGAUUCGCAGAAUCUCCUCAUCGCAUGCAUCGUCUUGGCCGUACUUUUCAUAAUAAUCAUCAUAGUGAUUGUCGUAAUGGUAAAAAAAAGACAAAAUCAGAGGAAAGGCGACACGUCAGUGAUGUUGAAUGCCUCCAGACCAAUAACGAACAGUCAGUCAAGUGCGCAACCUCGGUAUAAUAUGGACAGGACAGACAACCCAGUAUAUGAGAGGGAUUUGGACAGCGAGGCACAGAACAAACGAAUCCAAAAUUCUUCGCGUCUCUCCUCGUUAGACGGCCACUCGCUAUCCACCCACUAUCCGAUAGGCACUGACAGAAGUGGCGACAGUGGAUUUGUUGACAAUGCGAACACAGGAGACGAUUUCCCGUUAAACAAAAUGCCAUCUUCACACGAGGAGGAGACCUCCCCUGGUUUCGCUCGAGGGAAUGGGAUGUUAUGGAGGAAUCAACCCCAAUGGCAACAAGGAGUUCAACAACGAACUGCCAUGAUUUGA